GCUUGGAAUCCAAAAGAUCUCCCUCUGAUGGUGCUGCCUCCGUGCCAUGCCCUCUGCCAGUUCUACGUGGUGAACGGUGAGCUGUCCUGCCAGCUGUACCAGAGGUCAGGAGACAUGGGCCUCGGCGUGCCUUUCAACAUCGCCAGCUAUGCGCUUCUCACGUACAUGAUCGCGCACGUCACAGGCCUGAAGCCAGGUGACUUUGUACAUACUUUGGGAGAUGCACAUAUUUACCUGAAUCACAUCGAACCGCUGAAAAUUCAGCUUCAGCGAGAACCAAGACCUUUCCCGAAGCUCAAAAUUCUUCGAAAAGUUGAGACCAUUGAUGAUUUCAAAGCCGAAGAUUUUCAUAUUGAAGGUUACAAUCCUCACCCAGCAAUCAAAAUGGAAAUGGCUGUUUAGAGUGCUUUCAAAGGAGCUGUCUGAAGGAUACUGCCUGACCUAUCAGUUAUUAUUCAUUAAGUUUUAAGGAUAUUGCCCUUGGCAAAUAGAACUGUGCCAGUUCUUUUAGUAAAGAAGGCCUUGAGUUUGGUUAACUCACUGACGUGUGAAAAUGAUGAGAUUAUGAAUAAAGUGAGGAGAGUGAAAAUUUA